GCAGACUGGACUGAGAUUUACAAACACAGCGAGCAGAGAAAAUCAAAGCAGCUCCUAACCUGUGUUUCCGAGCGCGUUUCGUCUGUUUUGUUUUGAAGAAAGGCGUUUUUCUGAGGUAAUGAGGAUGUUGGGCAUGUAUGUGCCGGACAGAUUCGUGCUGAAGUCCUCCAAAGUUCAGGACGGGAUGGGGCUGUACACUGCCAGAGCAGUCAAAAAGGGUGAGAAGUUUGGUCCGUUCGCAGGUGAAAAGCGGAUGCUGAGUGACUUGGAUGAAAGCAUGGAUCCACGACUGAUGUGGGAGGUUCGAGGGAAUAAAGGGGACGUGCUUUAUAUCCUGGACGCUAGUAACCCUCGCCAUGCUAACUGGCUUCGCUUCAUUCAUCAGGCCCCUUCACAGGAGCAGAAGAACCUGGCCACCAUUCAGGAUGGAGAGAAUAUCUUCUAUCUGGCUGUUGAUGACAUCGAGACAGAUACAGAGCUUCUGAUUGGCUACCUGGACAGCGAUAUGGAGGAGGAAGAGGAGGACCUUGAGGAAGAUCAGGACAUCAAAGAUGAAGAUGGGAACAGUACAGAGAGCAAACACCUCAGUGCAGAAACAGAGCUGGUGAUUAAGAAGGAAGAUUACCUGUGUCUGCUGUGUGAGAGCAGCUUCCCCAGUGAAGAAGUGUUAGUUGAACAUCUUCAGAGCCUUCAUCAGAGAGGAAGUGCAGAGGACAAAGAGUUCAAAUGUCGCACCUGCGGAAAAGAGUUUCCUGUCAAACAGGCCCUGCAGCGCCAUGUUCUUCUCUGUACAGAGAGCUCCGCUUCAUCAGGAGACCCUUCAAAAGCCCAUCAGUGUGUCCUGUGUCACAGCACCUUCUGUUCAGAGUCCAGUUUUGAGCAACACAAAGAGGUGUGUAAAGGAGACGGUCGGUUCAUCUGUAAGUUUGAGAGCUGUGGGAAAAGAUUCAGGAGUAAAGACGCCCUGAAGAAACACAAAGGCAACGUCCACAUAGGGAGUGCUCGCAGGAAGUUGGUAUGCUCCUACCUGUUUGUUUGCAAUAAAAAGUGCUCAUCCUCACUCAACCUGCAGGAGCACCGCAAGGUUCAUGAGAUAUUUGACUGUACUGACUGUGAUAAGAAGUUCAUCUCCACGAAUCAGUUGAAGCGACACAUGAUCACACACUCUGAAAAGCGUCCGUACACCUGUGACAUCUGCAGCCGAAGUUUCAAGCGUCUGGAUCAGGCCACGGCUCACAAGAUCAUCCACAGUGAGGAUAAACCCUACAAGUGUAAGCUGUGCUGGAAGGAGUUCGUCCACCGCAAUGUCUACAAGAACCACAAAAAGACUCAUUCAGAGGAAAGGCCUUUCCAGUGUGAGGAGUGUAAGGCCCUCUUCCGCACCCCGUUCUCCUUACAGCGCCACCUCCUCAUUCAUACCAGUGAGAGAACGUUUAAGUGUGACCAGUGUGACGCCACCUUCAAGCGCAAGGACACACUCAACGUGCACAUCCAGGUCGUACACGAUGGCCACAAGAAGUACAAGUGUGACCUGUGUGAGAAGGCCUUCGUCACGCCAUCUGUGCUCAAGAGCCACAAGAAGACCCAUACAGGAGAGAAGGAGAAGAUCUGUCCAUACUGCGGCCAGAAGUUUGCCAGUAAUGGCACAUUGAGAGUGCACAUCCGCAGCCACACGGGUGAGCGGCCGUAUCAGUGCCCAUACUGUGACAAGGCCUUCAGCAAGAACGACGGCCUUAAAAUGCACAUACGCACACACACUCGGGAAAAGCCGUAUAAAUGCAGCGAGUGCAACAAGGCCUUCAGUCAGAAGCGUGGCCUGGAUGAACACAUGCGCACACACACCGGAGAGAAGCCCUUCCAGUGCGACGUGUGUGACCUGUCCUUUAGUUUGAAGAAGAUGUUGAUCAGACACAAGCUGACCCAUAAUCCCAACAGACCCAUGGCUGAAUGCUCCCUGUGCCACAAGAAGUUCACCCGCAACGACUACCUCAAAGUCCACAUGGAGAACGUCCACGGAGAGACAGAGGGAUAGACAGUCAUACACAGACAUAUUCAUAUCCACACAAGCCAUAUAUAAAGAAUGCAUAAAUACACAAGAGUAGAAACAAGCAUUGAUGUACUUUAAGUGGCCACACUUAAAGGUGGGGUAA